AGUUACAACAAUUAAAAUAUGAACUGAAUAAAUAAUAAGUAUACAAUAAUAAAUAUGAAUCGCCAUCAGAUAUUGAGUGGAGCCUGCAAUGCAGGCGACCGCUGUUAUGCUGUCGGCUCUGUUGAAGGAAUAUCAUUUACUGCAUAUGCGGCAGGCUGUAAUAUUGUCAUACUUGCUAGUAAUUUCGAAAGAGUUCAAAUAAUACCAGGAGCUAUUCAUAAUUACAUUAGAAUAAGUUGUCUUGAUUGUAGUACAGACACUGGAAAAAUAGCAGCUGCUUAUGAAAAUCAAAUUUGUAUAUUUGAACCGACUCCACUUAUUCACAGCACUUGCUCACAUCAACUGGAGUACAGAUGGGUUCAAACAGGAACUUUAUUAACGGAUUCAAACAUCACAUCGUUGUCAUGGAAUUUAGAAGGAACUCGUUUAUUAACUGGUGGGGAGCUUCUGCAGUUGUGGCAUCAAAAUAUUCAACCAUUUCAAGAAGAACAAACAAAAGCAAAAACACAAACGGAAGAAACAACAACAAAAGAAGCCGAACAAAAUGUUACGGGAAAUUCAUCACAAGAUCCCGACGGAGUGACAUUUUCUAUUGGCGGGGAAGCAGAAAGUCCUGGUCCAGGUGAUUCAGCAGCUGCUAAUGAUCCAGGAUCAUGGAGCUGCGUUUGGAAAUGCCGGACAGCGACUCCAGUUCAUCUGAUGAGCUUCAGUCCUGAUGGUACUUUGUUUGCUACCACAGGACGUGAUGACAAAUUAGUUAAAAUAUGGUUUGAAAAUAAAAAUCUUUUUCCAAUGCGAAGUAUGGAUCAAUUGAGUUACUGUCAGUCGUUGUUACACGACAGCUAUAGCUUUGUUUACAUAGCCCAUCCACGCGCGGUGACACACUUAUCGUGGCGGAAGACUAGUAAAUAUAUGCCGAAGGGCUCUGUAUCAAAUAUGCUGGUGACAUCAUGCCGUGACAACAUAUGUCGCGUUUGGGCUGAAACAAUACCACCCGAGAUCGAAGGGCUGGCUAAUAUGAGCCAAUUCGAAGGCUCCGAUAGACAUGGACACCAUGGUAAACAUCGUCAUCACAGUAUGCACAAGCAUCGGUUUAUGCAACGCCUUAAACACAUGAAGACAUGUUUCCAUAUAAGACGUCAUGCUAAACAGCAGCAGCAUCAAGCUGGUCAUUCCGCGCCAACUCUACCUACCUUACCUUCGACCUACUCCGUUCAUGAUUUCCACAAUAAUUAUCAAGGUUUUGGUCACUAUCCUGGAAUGCACUUUCAUUUAGCUGCCAGCAUCAACGCUGAAACUGAUAUCCCACUGGUACCAAGUCUCAUUACCGGAGAUCCAGACAGAGAACCAAAUUUUAUAUUACACUGGUUAAAUAAUAAAGAAAUGUACUUUACUAUGCAAGCGGAAGGUAUUCUUCAGGAACUUACGCGAAAAGUAGUAGAAAAAGAAGAAGGCCUACGUAACCACGAAGCAGAUCAUGCCGAGCAUGAUUCCGAGGACGAACAUACACCAAGCAACAUCUUAUCGUGUUACGGUUUGGCGCAUUCUUUAGAGAAAGGUCCGAGGCACCAGUCAAAUAAGUCAGGAGUCGGCGGUAGGACGACAAGUCAAGAUGAGCAUAGCAGUGAUGAGCAUCACACAGCACAUACUGGAUCUUCACAUCACAGUUUACCGUACAGUGGACACUCUCACCAAAGUCUGAGCAAUACUACCUCGAUAAAUUCAAUAGCUACAGACGCAACGUCAACAAUAAAUCAUACACCGGACUCACUGGACACUAAAAUAGAAACUUUGCUACGUGACUGGCAUCACAAUCCUGAUCUUUUAUUCUCAAUUCAUCCAAUUGACGGGAGUUUUUUGAUAUGGCACAUCGAGUGGCUCGAUGAAUAUCACCCAGGUUCAUUCAGACAAGCUCAGAUAUCGUUUUCUACGCGCAUACCCAACGCAUUUCCUCUAGGUGAUGCCUCGACAAUGAGCCACAAUGUAUCUAUGUAUUCACACAACACGGGUGGGCCUCUUCUGAGUAUACGAGAAGUAGCGAAGUCAGUGUCAAAACCAACUGAUCAUCCUGAGGUUGCUACCCCACUACCUAGUCUUAUUGAACAGGAUGAAGAUCAGUCAACGUUGACUUCAAAAGCUGGACAAGAAUUGUUGCAAAAUGUCCAAACAUUUGCUACUUCCAAAGACAAUAAUGCGACGAAUGCUGGAGAAGAUGCUAAUGCGGAAGCUACCAAACAGGGUCAAGAUGCUGUUAAUGAUAUGCUGAAACAUCCGAGCCCGAUGGUUUCAAUGGUUUCGAAACACUCUAAUGGAACUUUGAAUCUUUGGCAACUGACUUUUGGGGACAAAACUAAAUUUUCCCAAGUAUUGAGUAUCGGACAUGCUUGUCGGGCUUCAGGUCAUCGGUUUCGUGUCAAUGAUAUUACUUGUCAUCCAGUUUUACCUCUAUUGGUAACAACAUCUCAUCACAAUAUUCCCGAAUUCAAUCCUCCGAACCCGGACAAUGCAGACAGUGAGACCAUUGGAAAUCAUAAUAAUCAAUCUCACAGUAAUGAUUUAUUAUCAGUAACUGGUUUUUGCAGUGAAUUAAUUCUUUGGCGCGUCGAUCCAGUCGGUCCAUUAUCUAAAAGUGGCGGAGUAUCUGAACUAGCGCGUAUUAAUUCACUUGAAAUUUCAGCAUUCAGCAACGUCGCGUGGAUUCCCACAUUAUUGCCGAGUACAACCUUAGGAAAUCUUUCAAAUUCCGCGAGUGCCUGUUUCGUCGCCAGUGACGGUCAAUGUUUACGGGUUUACCAGGCAGUUAUCGAUGCCCGGACACUGCUAGCGGAAGUGUCAAUUAGCGAGAGAAAAAGCCGUAUGAUGGAUUCCAUGGCAAGUUUGUCAACAGACAUAUCAUCAGAUGACGGAGUCCGGCAUUCUAUUCACGACAGAAUAAAAAUAGUUUCGCAGCAGUCGACUGCACGGCCAGGUUGCAUAAUUCAACUUGACGCCAUCUCCGACGCAACGCAUGACUGGCAAAAUACCCAAUUCCUUCAUGUAUUUCAAGAGCAACUCAUCACCGGGGAACGUAACGACGAAAAACAACCUGGAGUUGACCCAUCAGCCAAUGAUCUAGGUUUGAUGGAGUCGACUCUUGAUGCGAUGGUUGAUCUCCAGCAGUCAGCGAUCUUCGAAGAACCUUUUUACAUCGUCGUGCUCGAGAGAACUACCAAAGGAUCUACUGUACACAUGUGGCGACUAGUUAUUGCUUCCCAGCCAGAAACAAAUGGACUCACUGGCUCAAUGAUGUACGUACCAGAUUCUCACUUAGUCCAAGAUGAGGACGAAGAAGGGACUCCAGGUCGGCAUUCUGAAGGCAGACGAUCACGCAGACAAAGUCAGACAACUGGUGGCAGAAGUAGGAGAUCAAGUCAAGCUGAUUAUGAUUCUUCAUUCGCUCAUCAUCAUCAUCAUCACAAUAGCCAUGUGCUCAUAACAACAACAAAAGUAUGUACCCAAGAAUUACCACUUCCCGAUGGUGUUGAAGUCGUUCACGCAUCGCCAGCCGCCGGACAUCUCAGCAGCUCAUCAAUUUAUCCGGCUUGUUUUGCCCCUUAUAUUAUUGUUACCGCGUGCAAUGACAGCACUGUACGUUUUUGGAAGUGCAAAGUAACUAAAAAUCAAGAUGAUCAACUGUCAUACGAGUGGUGCGAAUGGGAAAUGUUUAGAAAGGAUCAAGAAUCAGCAAUUGACAUAUCGGGAACACCAUUAAAUGUCAGUGCUGCUUAUAGCGGGCGUAUUGCCUGUGCUUACAAAUACGGCAAAUCAUUUACACGUCCAACAAAAGCUGAUCCAGACUCGCGUUACGUUAAUUUAUGUGUUGCUAUUUAUGAAUGUGAAAGUACUGGUGGCAGUGAAUGGAUACUAGAGGAUACUAUUCAUCUUAAAAAUAUUCAUUUACCUCGUAUACAAGUUGACCAGCAUUUAGACUUGAGUUAUUUAUAUGACAGUAGAUUUUUACAAAAGAAACAACGUUUAAAUCAAGUCUUACAAACACUCAGCCAUGAAGAUAUAAGAUCACCAAGAAAUGGUGACAAUAGUGAAGCUAAAACUACUGCUGGACUAUUGGCAGUGCCGUCAUUUAGUACACUGCAGUCAUUACGUAAAUCAAUUAUUGAAAAUGGUAACACUUGUCCGUUAACUCAAAAACAUUUAGUUCAACUUGACUGGGUAUCAAAAGAAGACGGUUCUCAUAUUUUAACAGUAGGCGUUGGUUCUAAAAUAAUGUUAUUUACGCCAGUGUGUUCGGAUCUCGCUCAAGCAAACAUGAAAGCAAUGAAAGAAUCGAAAAAUAAUAAUCGUCCAAUAUUAAGAAAAACUUCGUCACUUGCGCAGCCUCAAUUUGUCGAUGAAAUUCGCUGGAUGAAGCUGAGAAAAAUUCGGCUAACAACAGCCGAUGGAUUACCGCCACUGCCAAUGCAAAUAUCUUGGGUACGUGAUGGUAUUUUGGUUGUAGGAAUGGACUCCGAAAUGCAUGUUUACUCGCAAUGGAAACCAAACCCGAAAAAUGAGUGUCUUCACUCAGCUCUGCAGCACCAAGAGUCUGAUGAAUUUCAGGCAUCGCGGAAUUUACGCGACGAGGACUUGAGAACUUUAGCACAAGAGACGUCGCAAAGAAGACUGGCCAAUGUAUCAUCAAUACCUCAUUUGUCUCGUGUGAGUAGUAUUAAUUUGACGAUGCUGGACAUUAAACGUAAACGCGGACUACAAAACGACACUGUGACAUUUGAUUACAUGCCGGACUACGGAUUAUUUGAAGCUUCGCGUAUCGCUUGUCCAGUUUUACCUCAGUAUCACCCGAAACAGCUCAUGGAACUUUUACACUGUGGAAAAAUACGUUGGGUAAAAGCUAUACUCGCGCAUCUAGUUAAGUGUAUCGCUACUACUUGCGGUGCUAAACAAGACGACGAAAAUUAUUCAAAACAACGGAGCGGAUGGACACGCACACGUACUAUGUCUGUUAAUUACACGGGAACAAGUUCACCUCUUGAGCAGCGGGGAUCGACGACACAAAUUCCUGAAGAGUUUUUGCUCGAUUACGCGGAGAUUGUUUUCAUAACACCGCUGCCACUUUGGCGUUUGCUGAAAGCUGAUAAAGAGUCAUCUGCUACGCAGACGCAAGACGAAGAUAAGCAGGAUUACAAUGAACUUUUUGAUGGUCACAUUGAUGAAGAAGAAUCAUUGGAUGCUAUGUUAGAGGAGAGUUAUGACAGCUCACGGCAAAUGGAUCGUAGAUCAUCAAUACCCGAGAAACAGAGCGGUGCUCACUUUGGACCACGUGAAGGUCGUCAGUUAUCCCAAAUGUUGACGCACUCUCAUCUACCAGGACUGUCUAGUUUGGACCAGAUGCAUUUACUUGCUCUCGCUGACACUGUGUCAACUUGUGACGUUGAUUUCGCCGAACGGUUCGCUAUCGAUGCGGCAAAGACUGCGAUAGCUAAAGAAAAUCUCACUGGUAUUCCAGACAGCGAAAGUGUUUCAACAAAUUCCCUUGAUGAUUGUGGCCUAAGAUUUCUUCUUGCAAUGAAACACUACAAUUAUCUUAUCCGUUGCCUUCCACUGUCACAACGCGCACAAUUUCAAAAACAAGGAGUAUCAACGAACAAUCUAGUAUGGGCAUUUCACUCGGAAACAGAAGAAGAAUUACUCGGAUUAAUUCCUUCGUACGCUAAAGGUCAACCCAAAUGGUCAGUCCUCAAAGAACUUGGUGUCGGUUGGUGGAUUCGUAGCAAUGCUGUUCUUAAAACUUGCAUUGAAAAAAUAGCUAAAGCUGCAUUUCAGCAAAAUCAAGAUCCACUUGACGCUGCAAUUUAUUACUUAGCAAUGAAAAAGAAAAAUUUAGUAUGGGGUUUAUUUCGUAACAAACGUGAUGAACGCAUGACUUCUUUCUUUGCUAACAAUUUUACAGAAGAUCGUUGGCGAAAAGCGGCAUUGAAAAAUGCGUAUGCGCUAUUGGGUAGACAGAGAUUUGAUCACGCAGCUGCAUUCUUUUUACUAGCUGGCUCUCUACGUGAUGCAAUUGAAGUUUGUUUGAAUAAAUUAAAUGAUAUUCAGCUCGCGAUGGUAAUAUCGAGACUCUACGAAGACGAUAUAACUUCGACGGAAUUCAAACGUCUGUUGUAUGAAGAAAUUUUAGGCUGUGAAGAGAAAAAAACAGUCACGGAUUUAAAUCGUGUGCAUCCGGAUCCAUUUUUAAGAAGCAUGGCGCUCUGGAUGUUGAAAGAUUACUCAGGAUCAUUGAAUACUCUGUUGCUGACUAAUGUAGGGACACUGCACUCGCAGUACAAUGAUGAGUCUGAAAAACCCGAGGGUGCUACUGCUAACCCAAAUGUAUUUAACUUCUAUGUUUAUCUUCGUACACAUCCGCUAUUAAUUAGACAGUACAUUGCGUCAACUGCACAAGACAAAAAGAAAGCGUCAGUAAUGUUGUCGGGAUUUAGCUAUGGAACAGAAUCGAAUAAAAGUCAGCCAGACAAACAGCUUACUCUUGAAGACAGCAUAACACCUUUGGAAAGACAAUUAUACUUUACAACAGCUCAUGCUCAUUUCAAAGCUGGAUGUCCUGCGCUGGCACUUGAGGUCUUGUCGAAAUUACCCAACAAAGUGAUGGAAACCAAUGGCGAGGACACUCCAAGUCUCUUGAACAGCCCGAACAAAUCUCGAGCACAAAACUCGUUGAUAGACACAGGCAUGAUGAGCUGGGAUGCUCCGCAGCAAGUUGACAAACCAGCGGAAUCAAGUUCUGGGAUGGAUUGGGGCAGCUCGGCAGUUGACUGGUCUCAGCCAAUUAUCAAAGAACCUGAUGAACUUGAGCUCAAGUGGGACGAUGAUGAACCUGCUGAAGACGCUGAAAGUCCGCCUUUGAGUAUGGAUGUAGAGAAGAAGACUGAGGAUUCGAAACAGCAGAAUAAAAGAGCAGACUCUCCAAAACCCGUAGGGCAACUGGAUAUAAUGGCCCAGCAAUUGAAAUUCGUGGCAUGUUUAAAAAUUUUAAUGGAAGAACUUUCGACUCUUGCUACGGGAUUCGAAGUCGAUGGCGGUCAAUUGCGGUAUCAAUUAUAUAUUUGGCUAGAACGAGAAGUUGAUGCUCUCAGACAACUUUGUAAUUACAGUGUAAAUACUGAUGGAGAUGUGUCCAAUAUUAAUGAAUAUGAUGGUACUAUGGGUGAAGAUGUCGGACCUUACAAACCCGGUGAACAAUUAACGUUGCACGAAAUUUUAUUGUCUGAAAAAUUUGACUUUGAGGCUAAAGUUCAAAGAGCAGCAAGACGAAAAAAAUGGUUAAAAGCUAAUGAAACAUUAUUGAGAACGAUGUUGUCUUAUUGUUCAUUACACGGUGCAUCUGGAGGUGGACUAGCAUCAGUAAGAAUGGAAUUAGUUUUACUACUUCAAGAACUACAGCAAGAAAAAACCCAGCAACAACUACUAAGUCCUUUACCUUUCCCAACAACUUUGCCGCUUCUGAGUGCAAGUGUCGCUUGUAAUAAAACAGUUGUUGCAGAUCCAGUAAGACAUUUGCAGUCUCUCGCAUACGAUAUGCUUCAAACACUCGUAGAAUUACGUAGCCCACCAACUUUGAGUAACAACGGCUGUUACUAUGAAAUUUUUACUUUGCGUGAUUUAACCGUAGCCUUGAGUUCUUGUAUCUAUCAAUCGCUUUGUGAUUCCGACACAACAAAAAAUCAACAACCAGAAAUAUUUCCAGCAAUUGCCGAAGUUGAAUCGUUCUCCGGAGGUCAUUUGGUUGCGUCAAAUAAAAUAACGCGUCGUUAUUCAUUAGACGAAACUGUAACAAUAACAACUCCACCGUCCAAGUGGCCUGGAGUUACGAAUCUUCGUGCUCUAUUGGCCCGCGAGAAAGACGAAGACACACCAAAGCUAAAUAUACUUCUGUGCGAGUCCUUUGUCUCUACAUACAUGAGCCUCUUUGUCUAUGCGUUAGCAAGCUGUGACAGUCAUUUGCUAUUCCGUCUUGUGGGUCAUCACUUUGACAACAACACGUGGUCAUGUUUAUUUGGCGGUGGUGUUAAAAAAUUAGUACGUAUUGCAAGUACUAACCGUAAUGACAGUGCGUCAAUUGUUGUUGAACGCACUGACAGUAUUUCCGGUGAUAUUCAAGCUGCUGCUGGUGGUGUUUGGAAUACAAUGACGUCAUUGACUAAACAACGUGUUAAAUUAAAUAUGAAAUUAUUGGGACAGUUCACUGGACAAACACCGAAUAUCAAAGAAGACAAACCGACAUAUCGCGAACAAUUUGUAUCACCGCAAAUGAGUAUGGUAUCAUAUUUUUUAAUGAAGCCAAGAAUCGAAAGCGAAUAUGCUGAUGAAAUAGACUAUGAUUCGUCGGACUCGGCAGUAUCAGAUCUUGGGUCAUCGGAAGAAGAAGAAGAUGUGUUUGAUACGAAUGCUAAACCAAAGAGUAAACCAAAGGACAAUACUGAGCAUUUAAAUUCAAAUGGUUACAGCUGGUGUGUAAUGAGAUUGGCUAUUGUUAAAAUACUUAAGCAGCAGCUCCAAGAUUUUUUAAAUGUUGCUGGUAUUGAGUUACAAGAAUUACCGGUGAGCAGUCCACUUAUACACGCGGUAUUGGGUGUUGUUGCACAGUGGGAAGAAUCACUCAGAGAAGAACUAGAUGCCAAGGGACCACCGCCGGCAAAUUAUAUUCUUGGAUGUACACCUGAUCCUAAUCCGUCACCUAGCAAACCCGCUAUUCAUAAAUAUCGCGCACUUUUAGAAAAAGAAAACACGCCUUUUAAUACACGUCUUGCGAGUGCUGCUCCAGUUAACCGUUUGUGGUGUUAUCUGGUAAGGCAAGAGUCUGUUCAAGAUAUUUUCAUUCGUGCGGUAUUUGGUAAGCAUCGUUCAUUGUCAGCGAUGAUGGAAAAUGCGCAGUCUGCUGUUGAUAGCGCGACACGUAAUGGUAGUGAAGAUAAAGGAAGUGAUAGUGGUACGACAAGUCUUCCUGAGCCUGUUAGGAUUAUUCAUAAAGAACAAGAUAGUAUCAGUGCCUUUUGCCUUAAUCAGGUUAAUCCUGGAUUAAUGGCUUUAGCUACGCCACGAGAAGUACAAGAAAUGGAUAUAUCCUUAUUAUUAGAACUUCCAUCGUGGCUUGAAGAUGAAUGUGAAUUUGAUAUUAUUAAUUUAAAUAAAUCUGUUGAACCAGAACCCGUUCAGCCAACUAGUUUCUUAGUCAUACAAACGGCUGCUGAUAGACCAUUGUUAGCACAAAAUCCAUUACCAAAUACUCCACAACCACAAUCAGGAAUUGCUAGUCAGAGUGGACGUGGAGCAAGCGUGAUGAAGGGGAUGCCCGCUUUUCCUGGCUCCCACGACCUGCGCUUCUGUCAGUUUGUCGCUGAUAGGAGUAAACACUUAUUGAAGCCGAUACUCAAGCACAAAAUUGAUGGAAUAAGAAGAGUAUCAGCACAUCCAUUAUUACCUCUGUACUUAACUGGAUCUCAAGAUGGAUCUGUAUCUUUAUGGGAAUGGGGCCAUCAAACAGCAGUAUCAACUCCCAGACCAGCUGGAACAUUUGCUAAAGUAACACGUGUACAUUUUUCACAACACGGUAAUAAAUUUGGAGUAGCCGAUUCAGAUGGACAUCUCAGUUUAUUCCAAGUCGCGUGUCGUGAAGGAACAGCGCGACCUUUCUUUAAUUAUCAAUGCCACAGUAAAGUAACUGCUGACUUUGUAUUCCUGGGAGCUUGCAGUCUUGUCGCAACAGCAGGGCACGGUUCUGAGGGGCGUAAUGUCGCUCUCUGGGAUACAUUACUUCCACAAAAUAAAUCACUCGUCCAAGGUUUUACGUGUCAUGAUCAGGGAGCGAGUUCAGUAAUUCUUGCACCCCAGCAUCAAUUAUUAAUAAGUGGUGGUAAGAAAGGUGAUAUUAAUAUUUUUGAUGUACGACAAAGACAACAGAGACAUCGAUUCCAAGCUCAUGAAUCAGCCAUUAAGUGCCUGGCACUUGAUCCACAGGAAGAAUUUUUUGUUAGUGGAGCUGGUGAUGGAGAUAUAAAAGUAUGGGCUCUCACUGUACAUUCUUUAUUGUAUUCCUUUCCCGGUGAACAUCCUCGAUCAAGUUUCUUUAAAAAUAUUGGCCAGGGUGUGACACAAUUGCAUGUAGAUUCAGCUGGUCGUUUAUUCUCGUGUGGGGCAGACGGUUCAAUGAAAGUUCGUCAGUUACCUGAACGGGAUUGCGUAGUACAUACAUUUUAUUAGGACUAAGUUUAUUAUUUAAUCAUAAAUAACUAGUUGAGUAAGUAAAAAAAAGUGGGUAAGAGGCAAACCAAAAUAUAUAAUAACAAUUACCAUAAAAUAUUUAAACGUAAUGGUUAAAGUCAAUGAAAAAAAAAAUAAAUAAAUAAUAAUACCAAUAGUUAUAAACAGUAGAAGUAUUAAAAAUAUAUUUUUGACAAUCAAAUUUAAUUUGUUUUCAUAUAUAUUUUUAAAAAAUAUUUAUUUUGUCUUACAUUAAAUUUCUUCCAAUUUAUUAAAUCACUGCCAAAGUUAUUGAAGUAUUUCAUCUGUAAAUUCAAAGUUAAAGUUAAAGUUUCAUUUUUUUUUUCCCUGACUAUAACCAUUUACGGUCGACGCUAUCGCUUGAUAGAUAAGUAAAUAAUUGCAGGUUAAUUAUCAAAGUCUCUAUGAAUAAAUUUAAAAAAAAGUUAUAAAAGUAUAAAAAAUCUUUAAAUAAUCCAAUUGAUAUAUUGUAGCAUGUAAUGGCAAUUAAAUCAUCUUUGCGUUUUAAAAAUAUUUUACUCGCUUUAGAUGCAUUUGAUAUGCAAUCAAUCAUUAGUAUAUAUCUAUAUAAAUAUUAAAUAACACUAUUAUUUUAAAUAAUUAUUUUAGAAGGCAUUUUUGCAUCACAAGAUGGCCUAUUUAAAUUUAAUAAAUUAUCUGUAACAUUCUACUCUUCCUGUGUCUAUUUAAUAAUCAUUUAUAUAUAUAUAUAUAUAUUAGACUGUGCCAAAUAGAAUUGAUUUUUUUUUUGGUCUCAUACGGAAAUUACGUUGAUUGUAACAUAAAAAAAAUGGGUAUCAAGUUGGGCCUCCAACUCAAUUAGAAAACGCGCGCACACUUAAAUGAUAUUUCCCGUUUAAAAAACAUGGGAAAAAUUUUUAACUUUGAAGCUUUGACCAUAAUUUAUUUUUGUAGAGAAUUAAUCGCUCUAUAAAAAGGGUCUCUUCUAAUGUUUUGAUAAAUCCAACCGUUCAAAAGUUAUUUAAGGGAAAAAAGGGUCUGAGAUACAAAAAAAAGAGCAAAUUUUCGUGAUUUUUUUUUUCAGAGUACCUUCGUUAUUGAAAUUCUUAAAAUUUGAGACAUUAGUAAGCAACAUUCCAAGAAUAUUCUGCUAAAUUUUCAGAAAAAAAUAUUGAAAAAUAAGCCAGUGGUAGUGGGGAGAGACGAGUCACCUCAAAAAAAAAAGUCUUCAUGCCGUAGGCAGGAUAACUCAUGACUGCUUCAUCUGAAAUAAAGAAAUCAAACAGAUUACUUUAGUACAUAAGUUUAUCUUGGAUUUGAACGAAGGAAUAAACAAAAUAUCUAUUUUUGAAUUUUCGGUAAAGGUGCAAUCAAAAAACUCUGAUUUUUGCCAAAAAUUUCUCCUUUUGUUUAAUUAAAAAAUAAGUAGUUAUUAAAAAAAAAAAUCCUUCGUUCAAAUCUAAGAUAAACUUAUGUACCAAAGAAAUCUUUUUGGUUUUUUGAUUUCAGAUGAGGCAGUCAUGAGUUAUCCUGCCUACGGCAUGAAGACUUUUUUUUUUGAGGUGACUCGUCUCUCCCCACUACCACUGGCUUAUUUUUCAAUAUUUUUUUCUGAAAAUUUAGCAGAAUAUUCUUGGAAUGAUGCUUAAUAAUGUCACAAAUUUUAAGAAUUUUAAAACCGAAGGUACUCUGAAAAAAAAAAAUUACAAAAACAUCCUCUUAUUUUUGUAUCUCAGACUAGCGAGCGCGCGUUUUGUAAUCGAGUAUGAAGGUCCUACUUGAUACCCAAAUUUUUUUUAAGUCACAUGACCCAAGAAAAAAGUAUCGAUUUUAUUUGUCACAGUCUAAUAUAUAUUUAUUUUUAAUCUUUCAUCCAUUGAAUGAAAAAAUAUUUAUCAUCUCUCCUUCUUUUAUAUCAAUAAUUUUCUUCAGUACUUUAAAUCUGACUGCAUUUUCAGUAGCAUGAGUAGACUUGCAAACAAAUAAAAAUAUACAAUAAAAAAAUAAAUAUUUAAAAAGUAUAUACAGUAAUAAAAUAUAACAGAUAUUUUUGUUGACUAUAAAUGUGUGGAGUAUUGCAGCUUUCAAUCAGGAUAAAAGAACCUAAACAUAAAUAAAAAAAAAAUAUCUCACUCUAUUCUAUUAUCUAUUUACUCUACUGUUAAAUAAAUGCGUGAAAUGAUAAUUAUUAUAAUAAUAUUACAGAGUUAUUUAUAUUAUAAUGAUAAUCGAUUGAUGAUAAUAAUAAUAACAAUAAUUGUAUAUUAAUUAUUCGACGCUGAAUUGCAUGAUAGACGUUAUCAUUAACAGCCAACAAUUUCAAGUAACCAAGUCAUCAAUAAUAUUUAAUUAUUAUAUUUAUUAAACCAUGAAAGUAAUUAACUAAUAUAUACAAUAAUAAUUAUAUUUAUUUAUUUUAUUUAAUAGCAAAUAAUAAAUAAUUAAAUAAAUUUGUUACUUGAAAUUUUAAUGAUAACGUAUUUAAUUAGGCACCAGCUUAUGAGUAAUCCGUUGGACCCGCAUUCAUUUUUUAAAUUAAACUUAAUUUUAUUUUUACUUUUUUUGUUAGCUUUGAUAGUUGACUUUAAUUUAAAAAAAAAAGUUCCCGCUUUUAGUUAAAAAUAAAAUGAAAUUCAUAAAAUUAUGGUUUAAUUUAACGCUCAUUUAAAUGAUAAAUUAAUUGAUUGAUUGAUUUAUUAAUUUAUAAUUUAUAUACAUUGUACAAUAGUUUACUUAUAUUUAUAUUGUUAUUAUUUUUUUUAAAAAGCCGCAGGUAGGCAAUUACACUAUCAAUAGCAGAGUCAUUACGCUUAUCCAUUAUUCGUAUAUAAAUAAUUUACAGUAUGAAUAUUUGACAAAAAAAAAAAUAAAA